UUAGUCUAACAAAGCGCUGAAAAGUUCUGAUAAGAGGAACAAAAAGGAAACGAGCUUCUUCAUGAAUGAACACAACAUGACAAUAUCAGAGCCUUUCAACGUCUCUCUGCAGCAACACACGAACCCCACAGUUGACACCAUCUCCCUCAUCAGUCUAACCUCCGCGCAAAUGCAAGGCUUUCUCAUGAUGGAGUUGGAGAGAGGACCAAGAUACCAAGCAUACGCUGAGCUGAGGGAAAGAAAGCUUCGAAUGAAAAACAUGAGACAGCAAGAAGAAGAGGAAGAGGAUGUGGAAAUGGAGGUAGAAGCGAAGGUUUUGACGCCACCGAGGAAGAAACAGGUGAAGUUUCAAGGUGGCGUGGUUUCUGGGAGAAAAGGGUCUUCCUCUAUUGUAGCACAGUCUGUUCCUGACUUUUCUGCUGCUUUGAGGAAGGAGAAUAGGAAGCCGGUGAAUGGUAACGUGUUACCUACUUUGAUGGAGUUGACACCUCCUUCGAAGAGUGCGUCUGGUGUUUUGUCGAGUGCAAGAGGGAGUAAGUCGGCGAACGCAGGUGAGAAGAAAAGGGGUGGUGGUGGUUGUGGUGGGGUACUCAUGCCGAGGAAGAGCUAUGCCAGCAUUGAUGAACUAAAGAGUUUGUCAUCUGCUACUGCUAAUGCCAUCAAUGGUGAGAGUAGAGUUGGAGGAAGGAAUAGCAGAGUGAUGACAAGAAAGAGUUUUAUAGGGUACAGACAGCACGUUUGAGGAGUGUGGAAACUGGAGUGCAAUGAGUUUCCUUCAACCUUUGAUUAUCUUUUUUGUAGGUUUUGUGAUAGUUGUCUUCACUGUUCAUUCAUUACUUUUCAUUCUUUUUGUAAGUUUCAGUUUGGAUUUUUUUAAAAAAAAAUUGGUUUUGGGAGGAAGUUCAUUACAUUAUUAUUAUUAUGUAAGUGUAAAGCUUGUAUUAUCUGUGAGAGUAUCCAACUAUCCAUCACCAUGACACUGUUAUAGAGAGAAUAACUGUUUGUUGGGAA